GGUCUGGACUAUAAUUUAUACCCGCACGUGUACACGCAGUAAAUAGUUAAAAAUGUAAAGCUAUACAUACAUUGUUGUCACAUUGUACACACCUAUUUUCAGGACGCUGUUGCCAUGGUACUACCGCAGUGUUUCGUAUAGAUGCGCCCACAACAUUAUUCAGACGCGCAGAGGAGAAAUCGUCCAUUGGUGACAGGACGGUGAAAUAACAGGAUGGAAACCAAACGGACAAACACAUUUUCCUAGCUGGAUGACUAUAAAACACUUUAUUUGUAAGCUGCUGUUGUAUUUUUGUUCUGAAAGGCACUAACGUCAAUGAUUACUUCAUUUGUGUACUUCGUUUACUCUCUCCGACAUACAUUCAUUUAUCGCUAUCUAACCAGAACUCGCAAUGGACUUUAACGCGUACGAACCGGAUCGGACGUGCACAAUUAACAGAGGAUAAUUGACUUUCCGAACGGCAUUGUUAUGAGGGACCGACUGGCUGAAUUGAAUUCGGACAGGCAAGGUGUCAGUGAAGAUGAUGGUGUCGCUGCGUCCAUGGAGAGAAAUGUCUUCAUGCAGGACUUCUUCAGAAAGGUGGAGGAGGUCAGAGGUGUCAUUGAUAAGAUCUCCUCCCUGGUGAAUGAGGUGAAGAAGAAACAUAGCAUCAUCCUUUCGGCCCCCAACCCUGACGAGAAAACAAAAGAAGAGCUGGAACAACUCACAGUAGAAAUCAAGAAACAUGCCAAUAUUGUCCAGACCAGUCUCAAAUCAGUGAAACAGAGUCUACCUCCAGAUGACCAGGUAAACUGUGCAGCAGUGGAUGUACGCAUUCAGAAAACUCAGUACUCAAACUUGUCUCGUAAGUUUGUGGAGGUGAUGACACAAUACAAUGAAACCCAAGUGUCCUUCAGAGAGAAGAGCAAAAGCAGGAUUCAGAGACAGCUGGAAAUCACUGGAAGAAUCACAACCAAUGAGGAAUUGGAAGAAAUGCUGGAGAAUGGAAGCCACUCUGUGUUUACCUCUGAUAUAAUCUCUGACUCCCAGAUAACUCGUCAGGCCCUCAAUGAGAUCGAGUCAAGGCAUGAAGACAUCUUACGGCUGGAGUCCAGCAUUAAAGAGCUACACGACAUGUUUGUGGACAUGGCCAUGCUUGUGGAGACUCAGGGUGAAAUGAUUGACAACAUAGAAAAAAAUGUAAAUAAUGCUGUGGAAUACAUUGACAGUGCUAAAGAACAGACCAAGAAAGCUGUGAGGUACCAGACACGAGCCCGCAGGAAAUACAUAAUUCUUGCUCUUAUUAUUUUGGUCGUGCUUCUUGUGGUUGCACUUAUUGUCGGCUUAUCUGUGGGCCUGUCUGCUAAAACCAUCGCUAACUCCGACACCACCUCCUCUGCUGCAGCCAAUCCUGUUUAACUAUGGUUUCCAAGGUCCCCAAUCACUAACACUAACAGUCCCCAAACACUAACAAUGUUAUUUACUUUGUCAUCUCAAACCAGUUUUUAUGUGGCAACAAAGAGUAAAAUAAAUGUAUUCAUUAAAAUUAUUAAAAGCUCUCACUUAUGCCACUUUAUUUGUUUCUAACAAAUAACAUGAAACUGUUGCACAUGCUUUAGCCAACACAAACAAAAGUAAUGUUAAAAUACAUAUUCAGUUUUUUUAGUUUUUUUUUUAUGUAUUAUGUACACUGAUUGUUUUCUGUGUUUGUUGAUUUGUUUGCCAUAGAAAAUGGUCUAUCUUGCCAUCUGUGCAGUGCUCGUCAUCCUAUUUGUCAUCAUCAUCGUUGGAGUUUACAUUGAUUAGUCACAUAUAGCAAAGAACUGUUUGAUGUUACAAAUGUCCAAACUCCUUUUGAAUAUGUAUGAAUACAUGAAUAAAACUUUAUGACCUGUGAAUUGUGAAGAAGUUGGCACUGAUUUCUGGUUCAAGACCUUCCUUUUUGUCUGAUAUUCACUUGACUUAAAUGCUUUGCCACUUCACAACAAUGAGAGGUUAUUUUCACAAUAUUUUAUUUAUUUAAUGCAGUGAUACUGAUUUUUGCACAAUUGAGUAAGGUUUUCUAAUAUUAUAACAUGUAACCUAGGUUACAUUAGUGCCUUGGUAGAUCUGACUGAAUAAUGUGGAGUCAAACACAGUCCAAAAAAGUGCACUUAAUAAGAUACCGGUAUAUAUUUUUUGCCUAAAGAAAGUAUCCUUAGAGAGAACAUAUUUUAAAAUAAGGAUGAGGAGAAUGUUUGUACUCCAUUAUCAAGAGAUCAACAUAGUUUAUUUUGGCUUACACACACUGGUUUGACAGUGAUGUUUGAAAUGAAAGCACAUCCCCCUCUGUAUUGAAUGGCUGGCUCCACACAAUAUGAUGUCAGAUCUAUAAGCAACUUUAAUCACUUAAUGUUGUUCCUUUUGUCUUACAUAUGACUGUAUCUGACAGGAAUGUAACUAUGGAAUUACAGACAAAUUUUCACAGUGUAUUGUAAAAUAAAUAGUUGCUUACUGCUUAUCUUUCAUGGUGUCUUUUUCUGUCGUUAGUUUUUCAUCUCUGAAUUAUUCAUUCCAAAAUAAAAUGUAUAUGAAGUGAGAUAUUGGCAGGCAUGUGACUUAACAUUG